GGUUUAGGGUCAUGGGUCUCCUCUAAUCAGAAAAAUCCCCAUUGCUGGCCAAUGAGGAAGGAAAAGUUGUUGCUAGGGGCGAUGGGGCAGAUUAUAGAACAGACCUAUGGUGGACUCUGCGUGUGUGAAAUGAGUUGGAGCACCUAGGAGCCCCAGUCAUGGACCAGGACCCCGUUGUGCUAGGCAUCGUACAAACACAGAACAAAAAGAUGCUGCCUGCUCCAAAGCUCUUCCAAUCUAAGUAUAAGAUAUGAGACAACAGAUGGAUACAGACAAACGGGGAGUACAAGGAAACAAUUAGACAAUAUUGAAGCCCCUGAGCCUCCACUAAUUCCAGUAAAAAAAAAAAAAUGAGGCAUACUCAGAGUAUUUCCCAUGUCCCUCCUGUGGUCACCACUGGGGUGAAGCCAGGGAACAUGAGGCCGCAUCACAACAGCACAAAGGGCAUUGGAGCACGUAGCAGGAUGCGAAUCCCUGAGAGAGAGCAUUCCAUAGCAGUGCUGAAAAGCAUGCAGCGACCUCCAUUCCAUCUACACCAGGAAGAGCAAGAAGCCUUCUUCAACCUACUGGAGGAUGACUUGGUACAAGAGUUCUUGUCUAUAGACAUAUGCUACAAGAUUUCAGAUAAGUAUCUUCUAGCCAUGGCUCUGACUUACUUCAAACGUGCUGGCCUGCAUAUUAAUGAAUACACACGGAUGAACCUUUUCACUGCUCUGUACUUGGCUAAUGACAUGGAGGAAGAUGAAGAGGAUUACAAGUAUGAGAUCUUUCCCUGGGCCCUUGGUGACAACUGGCGGCAGCUGUUCCCACAGUUCUUAAAACUGAGGGAUGGCUUCUGGGCUAAAAUGAACUACCGAGCAGUGGUCAGCCGGCGUUGUUGUGAUGAGUUAAUGUCAAAGGAGCCAUCCCACUGGGCUUGGUCACGUGAACGACCCCUUCAUCACAGUGGAGCACUGAGAAGCUACCUGAAGAAUGAAAAGGACUCACUUCCCCGAGGACCUGGUGUUACACCCCCAAGCUGCCCCCUCUGCACUUGUGAGCUGACUGAAGAGGAAGGCAGCCCAGAAGAUGCUCCAAGUGCCAGAAUUACUUCUGAUGGUGACCUAUUGCCAUUCACUAACAAGUGGUCCCAGGACUUUAUUAUCUUCCCUCAGAAAAUAAUGCUGGAUCCAGUGGCAACAUAUAGCCUGCAGAUCCUGCAGGAGCCAGGAGUCACUAUGGAGCCUGAUGGAACUGGCAUGGAUUGGCGAUCUGUGGGGUGACUGACUAUUCCAGGACCCAAGAUGUCUCCUCCCAAGGAACUGCAAGUGGCACUGGACUUGUUCUCAUUCUGCUGUUCACAGAACUAUGUUUUCCCCACGCACUUUAUGAAUAUAUUCUGGUUGUGAACAGGAAGACAGGGCAGUACUUGUGUAUUUAAAAAAAUUACUUGCUGAUGCAGCUAUUCAAAUGUGCCUUAUUUAAUGUGCAAAUGCCAAUGUAAUAGCUGGACAGGCUCUUAAUAAAAAUGUCCAGGAAAAAAAGUUUAUUUUCUGUUCAUAGAGAAUCCUGGUGAGUGUAACAAUUAUCAGGGCAACAAAACUUGAUGCUGAGUGAGCAUAGCAGUGACCUAUGGUGUCAUGGUUGUACUUGUUUAAGGCUUGGGAUGAACACAGAUGUGGAGGAGGGAUUCCUGGAGAAGAAAAUCAGAGUUUUUACAUUGCUGGUAGUCUGUUUGAGCAGAGCAUCUGAAUCUUUCAGGUCUCAAAGGAAACUCAAUGGCAGUAAUAUCCACUUGCACCAAAAAGGCUUUAUUGGGGUGGGGUGGGAGGGAAGAAUGUAAUCAAUACUGGGCUUCUGUUUUAAGAGCAACUAGUACUGGCUGCUAACACAUGACAACACUCUUUUCUAAUGUAGAAUAAUUGCACAAUGUUAUGAGUGUUAGUCACAUUAUCUUGAUCUACUGGGAAUGACCACAAGGGUUAGCAAAUACAACACAUGCCAUUUCUGUCAGGGCUGUGAUGACUUCACUGACCAAGCUGAAUGCUCUCUGCCACUGUUCAUCUGGAUCAGUAUCUGAUGCAAGUAAAAUAAUUGAUGUGGAAUCAAAGCUUGGUAGUCUCUUUAAUUUGGCAUCCCUCUGCCUAUAGACAGCUGGGGAAUGAGAGAGCCUGGGCUACAGGGCACAGCACUUUCUCAGGCUGUGGUGCCUGGCAUCACUUAUGGAGAUAGGGACAGCAUCUGCAUGGAGCAUGAAACUCCAUCUUAUUUCCAAUUAAUAGGCAAAUGCAAAUCUUAACCACUAAACAGGAUGACAGGAAUCUUGCCACUGUAUUCCUAGGGUUGCCUUUGACUUGUUAUAUGAGAGGGAUAUGUCCCUCCUUGGUACCUUAGUGGUAGAAAUCUAAGGGUAUGUCUACACAGGGAGUUAAGAACAGCUAUUUGUGAAUAACUCUCCGUGUGGAUGCUCCUAUUCUGGAACAAGAGUGUGUCUUCACCAAGACAUGCCUGAAUCAAGCAGCACGUGUACAGAAGACCUACUAA